ACACAACAAGUGUUUGAUUCGCUGUCUGGUCGUGCAUAUUAAUGAGAAUGGGAUAGCGGGCAGCUUUUAAAAGAGCUGCUGCCUGCCUCUCCACAGCAAGCGAGGGGGAGAGAGACCUAAACGAGUGAUUGGAGAUUCAUCCAAGCGCUCGAGACGCACAGACGGAGUUGCACAAUCAGCGUUCCAAAGGGACCCCAAAAAGCUGAAAACCCCAUUGCUCUUCACGUCUGCCUCCCAGUAGUGGAUGUUAUCUACAUAUCGAAAGACUUUUUGUUGAUAUUUCAGUAUUUACUCCUUUGGAAGGCUCGGGUUUUGAGGAACUUCUUUUAAAAAAAAAAUCUUUUUGAACUUGUGAAGACAUGCGUGGGUGCACGACGGUGCUGCUUUUGUUAAUGGUGGCCUUAUGCUGCCUGAGCGCAGAAGCUUACAAGUGCAGGUGCACCAGAAAAGGACCCAAGAUCCGAUACAAGGAUGUACAGAAGCUGGAGAUCAAACCCAAACACCCGUUCUGCCAGGAGAAGAUGAUAUUUGUGACAAUGGAGAAUGUGUCUCGGUUCAAGGGGCAGGAGUAUUGUCUUCAUCCCAAACUUCAGAGCACUAAGAACCUGGUCAAAUGGUUCCGCAUCUGGAAGGACAAGCACAGGGUGUAUGAAGCUUAAAACCAUCGCUCUCAACACAAGGAUCGUGUGAGACAAACAAAGGACACCAACUCCACCAGGACUACUUUUGUGAAGUACAAGAUGUAAUCUGCAUUGAAGCUGUACUUCUACUUCUUCUGCCUGAGAUCUGUCAAGCGCAUCAAGAGAUAUCUACAAUUUGUACAUAGGCUGGUGGGCUCGCUUUAGUUGGCCAUCAGUGUAGUUACAGUCACUCACCACUCCAGUCUUUGCCACUGUAGUUAUAUUUGUCAAAAUGUGGACAACGCCAUCUGUGUUCAAACAGUUGUAGGGUUGUUUGGUUGUUAUUCAAAGGGGCUUCUGUUUUGUUUUGGCUUUGGUGAAAAAUGUGUAAGAAAAAGAAAUUCUGAGGAAAGACAAAUAUUUCUCUUAAAAAUACAGUGUAUUGGUGUUUAAUCAUUGCAGUUUCCACUUUUCCGUAUACUAUUCAGUAUGACAGGUAUAUUUAUAUAAUCAGCGUAUAAGGUUUAGCUACGAGGGCGCAGUUGAAAUAACGGGAUAAAGGUUCUCCAUAAAUUAGAUUCUCUGUAUCUGUAGAGGAGAGUCACUCAGUGUGUGAUUAUAUUUUAUACAGAAGUUGUUUUUAUUCAGACAGAUUAUGGAGGUCCGACAGUCAGUGUGUGUGUGUGUGUGUGUGUGUGUGUGUGUGUGUGUGUGUGUGUGUACGCAUCUGUGAGUGUUUUAACCAUUUCCAUCUUAAUAAAAAUUCAUCUUCAGAGGGACAACUGAAUACAUUUUUUGCAAACUGUUC